AUGACGAGCAGCAACGAUUUUCAGUGGCGCAGGGACAGAGACGGCCUGGGAGUUUGGGAACAUCGGGGACAGGUGGCAAUAGCUGGUUACGGGCAUUCCCCGGUCGACCGGCGUUGGGACGGUGUGUCCCUGGACGAAAGUUUGGGCGCCUAUGCAAUACUGGCGUGCGAAAAGGCAAUGGAGCAGGCCGGGGUUACCAAGGACCAGGUAGACGGGAUAGUCUGCUGCGACAGCCACAUAGCCGGCGGCAGCGGAGGGUCGGCGUCGCAGUGGGCGCCGCGUCCCUAUUUCGACCCGCCUUACGAUUCGGAGUUUGGGUUGACAUUGAUAAAUGGCCAGUGGCUGGCCAAGACUAUGGGUAUGGAAAAUGUUAAGUUCGCGCCGACCGGUGUGCCCACCAUCGGCGAGAUGAUGGGAAUGGCGUCCCAGGCGGUGGGGGAUGGUGUUUGUAACACCUGCCUGGUUAUUUAUCCCACAGGCAACCUCGAGGGGCGCUACCGCCGGGGCGGCGAGAACGCGGACGACUACGCUCGAGGGGCUCGUCAGUGGACUGUCCCCUGGGGUAACCACGGGGGGAAUGAUUUCAUCAACAUUUUUCCUCACAACCAGUACUGCCUGAAGUACGGGGGAGAGCACGACGACCUGGCGCCCUUUGUCAUCAACCAGCACAAGAACGGUAUGCUGACGCCCUGGGGAUUCAACUACAACCACGAUAUCGAGCCUAUUUCCGUGGAAGACUACAAGAGCUCGCGUUACAUCCUGAAUCCUCUGCGAAUCUGGGACUGUGACCGUCCGGUCAACGCCGCUGCUGCCUACCUGUUCACGACGGCGGAGCGGGCGCGGGACAUGAAGUCGCAGCCCGUAUACGUGUUGAAUCACUCCCAGCACAAUUUCAGGUUCCGGACCACGCAGCCUGACCUGGACGAGGUUGAGAUGUGGACUGACCGGCAGGCGGCUCGGAUGUACGAAGGUGCGGGAUUGGGCCCUGCGGACGUUGACAUUUUCAAUCCUUAUGACGGGUACUCCAUCAUGACCCAGUUUUUUCUGGAAGGAUUCCAGUGGCACGGAGUGAAGCGGGGCGAUGCCUUUGCGUUCUAUGCCGGGGACAUCAGCGUAAAGGGACCCCACCCCUUUAGCUCCAGUGGCGGCAACCUGGGCAACGGCCGAACCCGCACGGCCAUGUACACCGACAGCAUUGAGCAACUGCGGGGCACGGCCGGCGACCGGCAGGUAACUGUGCGGGCGGAGACUGCUCUUUGCGCGUUCACCACACCCAGCAGCGGGGGAUGGCUGAUGCUGGGGAAGCACCCGAACGGUACGCUGGAGGUGGGCGACCCUCCCGGUUGUAUAACCCUGGAGAUGGUUCGAGCCGCUAAAGCCAGAGGCUGCAUCAUAGGUAGCUGCUCCGACAGAACCGUGAGCAACCAGCAGAGAAUCUGGCAGGUCGCCGAAAUAGAAAUGGAGUUCACGGUGCUGAAGCAUCAACUGGACUCGGUGAAGGAACAGUUCAAGGCGGAAGAUUAUUAUCACAUCGGCGACACUGACCUGGACCGCCACCAGGAUGCAGUAAACCAACUGCUGAUAGAUCGUUUCCGGAGUGCCCGCAGCGACGGGGGGCUGGCAGUUCUGGAGGGCUUCCAUCCGCUGAAACACGCGCUUCGCUUUGGGGCCAAGGUGGGUGAAGUUGUUACCCGGGACCGGAAGCAACUGCAAAGCCUUACCGAGUCCUUGUCUCCGGAUCUGGCAGGUAUCCUCGGGAAAGACAUUGUCGAGGUUCCUGACAAAGUCUUUCGGCAACUUUCCCCGGUGCCGCCGGCUACGGGCGUGAUAGCCCUUGCUCAGCGUCCCCUAUUUGACCCACAUUCCUUUGAUCGCAACAACUCCGCUCCCCUGGUCUUGCUGGAGAACCCGCGCAGCCAUGGAAAUGUCGGCGCUGUCGUUCGAGUUGCCGCGGCAGUCGGGGCAGCAGGUGUGGUUACCACCGGGCAGCAUGAUCCGUGGCAUCCUUCUGCGCUGGUAGGUUCGGCCGGCCUGCAUUUUGCAUUGCCGGUGGGUCUCGACCGCUGCCUGUCGACAGGGGGCCUCAUAAAGCGACCAGACUGGCUGGCGGGUCGUCACUUACUGGCGGUAGACCCCGAUGGAGAACUGCUGGUGCGGGAUAGCAUUCCCGAGGGCGCCGUGCUGGCUUUCGGCACGGAAAGAGAAGGAUUGAGUCGGGAGUUGCGGGCCGCCGCCGAUGGUUGCGUUUCGAUACCAAUGCAGCCAGGCGUCUCCAGCCUGAACCUGGCAACGGCGGUCGCAGUAGUAUUGUAUGCGUGGAGACUCGGGUAG